AUGCGUGCAGGUCCAACACUGCGCCUGGGGUUGUCAUUUGCCAGCGGCGUUCACCUGAAAUUUGACGGCUCUGCUGCGGUGGAGGAUUCAUUGGAAAAGGUGGAGGGGCUGUUUCCCCUGGUGGGGCUUCGGGGGGCCUUUAGUUGGCACAACCCAGCACACGCCGGUUGUUGUGGAGGGCUUUACUGGAGCUCAACGUCCCGCAAACCCUCAAACUCACUGCAGAGGUCGUGCGUAAUGGUUUCAGGUGCGACAAGCACGGUGAGGAUUGCAAUGCGCCGAUUUCCAACGGUGUCACAGCCCAACAUCUCCGUGUCGAUUAGCCUUGCUGAGUGUGUGCGGCCGCAUCGUGACAAAUAG